AGGAAGUGGCUUCAGUGAGGGCGGAAGGCGGGGCUCUGGGCACGCCUGCCUGUUUCCCCGCCGGGCUGUGGCUAUGGAACUCAGCGCGGAGUACCUCCGCGAGAAGCUGCGGCGGGACCUGGAGGCAGAGCAUGUGGAGGUGGAGGACACGACUCUCAACCGUUGCGCGACCAGCUUCCGAGUCCUGGUGGUGUCCGCUAAGUUCGAGGGAAAGCCAUUGCUCCAGAGACACCGGCUGGUGAAUGAAUGCCUAGCUGAAGAGCUCCCGCACAUCCAUGCCUUUGAGCAGAAAACUCUGACCCCAGAGCAGUGGACCCGAGAGCGGCGGAAAUGAGGGACCUGGGCCUGAACAGCCAUUAAAUUGUAAAUCAGGU